GCACAGUAUGGUGCUGCACACCAACUUUCAGCUACAGUAGGCAAAUACAGCAGGACGCUCUGAGUGGGUGUGUGCGUUUAUGUGUGUUGGACUCCUCCACAGCAUCAUGGACACAGAUUACUCCAAGAGGGUGUACCAGGGCGUCCGAGUCAAGCACACAGUCAAAGACCUGCUGGCAGAGAAGAGGUCCCGGCAGACAAAUGGGCCUCGAUACAGUGGAAGAUCAACCACUCCUCCACCUUUUGUCCAGAUGCCAGCAGGGUCCCACUUGUUGCCCAGCUACUACGGCAUGAGACGUCCCUUCAUCUCUGACUCGGAUUUCUGUCCGUCCAACAAGCAGUUCUCCCCUGACAUGUACUCGUCCAGUCUGGCUGGUAAAGCCGUGAGCAGUGAACCGUCCAGCGUGAGCAGCUACUCCACCCUCAUCGACAGCUACUACCCAGACACCUUCGCUGACUACCGCAGCUCUGCCACGUUCUCCAGCCCGGCAGGAUCGUUUCUUCCCUCCACGGCUCUCUCCUCCCUGCUGCCCCCCUUCAGUGGAGAGUCUUCGCAUCUAUUCUUGAGAGAUGCGUGGGAGCAGGCAGACCCAGAACCAGUGCCGCCGGUGGAGCCUCUUUGCUCUGAGAGCCUUGCAGUCAUGAAUGUGCCAGCAUCCAUCCCCAGCCCAGAGCCGGAAGGCAGCCCCUCCCAGUACCGUUCCCCCAGCCACGGCUCAUCCAUGUGCCCAGUGAGCAGCAGCCAGCCAUACUCCCUGCAGGCUCUGGAGGAUGCUCACUACCAUGCUCUGGCCCCCAGCAGCUCCUACACAGUUCCUCCCUCUUCCUUCACCAAUCUGUCCUACAUGAGUGGUGACCUGGCGUCCAAGAUGGCGACCGAUGAGGGGUCAGAGAGCCACGCUGGCCUCCCUCAACCUGGAGACCCGCCCUCUUCCUGGGCUAAAGAGGAUAUUGUGGGCUCCUGGUCGCCAUAUGAGAUCAGGCGGGCCUACUGACCGAAAAGACUUUGAUUCCAAACGUCCAGGGAAGAAGGGAAACUGUUAACACAUGUGUACACAAUGCUCUCAUUCAUAUAUGACAGCAAGUGCUUUUUUAAUCAAAUGUCCACGUCCUUUGCCUUUUACCUUGUAAUGUCUUACUUACUCAAA